UCUUUUGGAAUUGCCUCGUUCGUUCAGCCUCGCUAACAUUUCCCGCGUUUUUUAUUUUUGGCGGGAAUAUCUAUUGUUUUUCCAUCGAUCAUAUGACUGUUUUGAAGAGAGGCAACUCGUAACGCAACUCACUCGUCGGCAAGGUUCGAGGUUUGCAAGGCUUAUCCUGUUUGCAUCAUCUAUCCUUCUAAAAGAUAUCUAACAAUAAAAAAUAACAAUGUUGGAAGCAAGAUUGACACAAGGAUCAUACCUGAAAAAAUGCGUUGAGGCAAUGAAAGACUUUGUUACUGAAUGUAACUUUGAUUGUACAGCAGAAGGAAUUAGUGCACAGGCCAUGGACACAAGCCAUGUCAGUCUUGUUUUCCUUUUGUUACGAGCCGGUGGAUUUGAUCCUUACCGAUGUGACAGGACGAUGACGCUUGGUCUUCAAAUCUCAACGCUUUCAAAAAUUCUUAAAUGUGGAAGCAAUGAUGAUAUUGUGACAAUCAAAGCAGAAGACAAUGCAGAUACAGUUCAGUUCAUCUUUGAGACUCCUAACCAAGAAAAAGUUUCUGAUUAUGAAAUCAAACUCAUGGAUAUUGAUGCAGAGCACCUUGGGAUUCCCGAUCAAGAGUAUGAAGCAAUUAUCCAAAUGCCAUCUGCAGAGCUGCAGAGAAUUUGCAGGGAUCUUACACAAAUUGGCGAUUCAGUGAAUAUUGCUUGCACAAAAGAUGGUGUACGAUUUUCAUGUACUGGAGGCCUUGGGGUUGGAAAUAUUACCUUGAGACAAAACACUGCUGUUGACAAAGAGGAGGAUCAGGUUUGCAUAGAACUGAAUGAACCAGUUACUCAAACAUACGCAUUAAGAUUUUUAAACUUCUUCACAAAGGCAACUCCUUUGUCAAGCACUGUUACUUUAUCGAUAUGCAAAGAGGUACCUCUUGUGCUUGAGUACAAAAUGGAAAACCUUGGUCACAUAAGGUUUUACCUAGCACCAAAGAUUGAAGAUGAGGACUCAACACAACAGAACAGUGCUGAAUAAGAACUGACCUUCAUAACAGCUUUUUGCUAAUAGUUCUCAGUUUCAAUUGCCUGUGACCUAUUAGCAAUUUUCUGUAACCUGUAAAGAAUUUCAUCUAAGGUUAGCAUUAGCCAUCUGAAAUAUGAUAAUGUUCCUUACACAAUUGCCACUAGUUUUAAGCCUUGUGAAAUGAAAUGUUUGGGAAACUCAUAUUAAAUGUGUCUGAUAUCCUUUUUUAUUGUAAUUUGCCUUUUACUGUGCUAAGACAUAUUUUGAAACCCUGUCUCUAUUUAAAAAAUGCCUCUUGAAUCAAAUUUCACUUUGUUGUAUUAUUGGAUGUUGGAUAUAUAUGUGUAUUAUGAAUGAUUCUCUUGUAGACAUAAUCUGUUCUUUGUAGACAUAAUCUGUUCUUGUAAAAGCUACCUGCAUAUAGUCCAUUGUAAAUCAUGAAAUAGCUUGAAUACCUCUGUUAUUAUGUCUGUAGACUCAA